AUGGCCUUCUCGUCCUCCUCCUCCUCCAUCCCCGACCCCGCGGCCUCGCCCGCCCCCGCUUCAACCCCGGCGGCACCGUCGCCCAGCGGCAGCUCGCUGAGGCCGUCGUUCACGGUGCGCGCCGCCCGCACGCCCGACGAGCUUCGCGCGACGGCCGACCUCUUCCGCGACUACGCCACGUGGCUGGACAUCGACCUGUCCUUCCAGUCCUUCGAGGCCGAGCUGGCGUCGCUGCCGGGCAAAUACGCGCCCGAGAGGGGUGGCGAGAUACUGCUGGCAUACCUGAGCACUGCCGCCGCCGACGACGAUGACGACGACGACGACGAGGGGCAGCGACAAGCUGUCGGCUGCAUCGCCCUGCGCGACGUGACGGACGCUGUCGAAGCUUUUAGACUGCAGGGCGAGGCAUCGUCGAUGCGGCAAUCCGGCCGGCAGCACCGCGUUGGCGAGUUCAAGCGGCUGUACGUCCUGCCAACGGGACGGUCGCUCGGCGUCGGCAACGCGCUGGUCGAGCGGGCCAUGGAAGUCGCGAGGGAGCAGGGCUACGACGAGGUCCUCCUCGACACGCUCCCGCGCAUGCAGGGGGCGCUGAAGCUGUACGCCAGACACGGCUUUAGGGAGACGGCCAAGUAUUACGACACCGAUCUGGAAGGCACCAUCUUCAUGAGCUGCCCCUCCCUCGGCGCCUGA